AAUACCGAAAAGGAUAUUUGGCGUCAACCCAAUUGCCAUCUCUUCUGUGGGAGAGAGAGAGCAGGGAGAGGCCAACGUCUUCGGUUCUUCUUCUUCCUCUUUUGAAGAGCUUCUUUUAAGAGCUUCUUUUAACUCCUCACUUUUGGUUUUCCUUCUUAAAGACCCCAAAAGGAAAAGAAAGGCCGGAGAAGAAGGGGCUGUUUUGGAGUUGCACCUGAGAUGCAGUGGUGAGAAAAUUUUGUCAGGCGGAAGCAUGGCAGAUGUUUCGGUUGGGGCGCUCGUCCCCUCCGUGACCAACAAUGGGCAGGGGAGGAUGGGGUUCUCUGAGAAGGAUAGCGCCACCGAGAGCAGCGGUGGUGCCGGCAAUUUCAGUGGCAGCAACGAAAACAACAACGUGGGGAGUGAUGGUAACUUGGCCCGCGGGAUUGGGGUGGAGCUGGACAAGGACUUCCUAUGCCCGAUUUGCAUGCAGAUCAUCAAGGACGCCUUCCUGACUUCCUGUGGCCACACCUUCUGCUACAUGUGUAUCGUCACCCACCUCAACAACAAGAACGACUGCCCCUGUUGCGCCCACUACCUCACAAACAACCACCUCUUCCCCAAUUUCCUCCUGAACAAGCUUCUGAAGAAGGCAUCUGCCCGUCAGAUAGCCAAAAAAGCUUCACCAGUGGAGCACCUGCGACUAGCGCUGCAACAGGGGGCUGAUAUAUCCAUGAAAGAGCUUGAUGAUCUCUUAUCACUUCUUGUGGAUAAGAAGAGAAAGAUGGAGCAAGAAGAAGCUGAAACAAAUAUGCAAAUAUUACUUGAUUUUCUACACUGCCUUAGGAAGCAAAAGCUUCAGGAGUUGAAUGAGGUCCAAACUGAUCUUGAAUACAUUAAAGAAGAUAUGAAUGCAGUCGAACGCCAUCGGAUGGAGUUAUACCGGGCCAGGGAAAGGUACUCAGUCAAGUUGAGGAUGCUUGACGAUCCUAUGUCUAGAACAAAUUGGCCAUCUUCAGUAAAUAAACAUGGAAGUAUUGCUACAUCCAAUGCACAAAGUUGUCAAGAUGGGUCAGGCUCAGCAAGUUUUCACACCAAGAAAGUUGAUCCUAAGCUCCAAGGAAUUUCUCAGGUACUCCAGAAGAGGUCUUCACUUAAUGGAUCAGACUCCCAAAAUGUUGGUGGUCAAUCGGGACUUGCAGUUGCCAGGAGACGAAGAGUUAAUGCGCAGUUUGAUGACUUGCAAGAGUGUUACCUUCAAAAACGACGUAAAAUGAGUAAUCCAACUAUUAAACAAGGAGAGAGGGAUUUUAAUGCUAUAAGUAGAGAAGGAUACCAUGCAGGUCUUGAAGAUUUCCAGUCUGUACUUACAACCUUUACUCGAUACAGCCGCUUGCGGGUCCUUGCAGAGCUUAGGCAUGGAGAUCUGUUUCAUUCUGCAAAUAUUGUUUCAAGCAUUGAAUUUGAUAGAGAUGAUGAGUUCUUUGCUACUGCUGGAGUUUCUAGACGUAUCAAAGUUUUUGAGUUUUCGACUGUUGUAAAUGAGCCUUCUGAUGUCCACUGUCCUGUGGUGGAGAUGUCCACCAGAUUCAAGCUUAGUUGUCUGAGUUGGAACAAAUACAUUAAAAACCAGAUUGCAAGUAGUGACUAUGAUGGCAUUGUAACUGUCUGGGAUGUAAAUACCCGCCAGAGCAUCAUGGAAUAUGAGGAGCAUGAGAAGAGAGCAUGGAGUGUUGAUUUUUCACGGACGGAGCCCUCAAUGCUUGUAUCUGGUAGUGAUGACUGUAAGGUUAAGGUCUGGUGCACCAAGCAAGAAGCAAGUGUGCUGAACAUUGAUAUGAAAGCGAACAUAUGCUGUGUCAAAUAUAAUCCAGGAUCAAGCAGAUAUAUAGCAGUUGGUUCUGCUGACCAUCACAUUCAUUAUUAUGACUUGAGAAAUAUUAGUGCUCCAUUACAUGUUUUCAGUGGACACAGAAAGGCAGUUUCAUAUGUGAAGUUUUUAUCCAAUGAUGAGCUGGCAUCAGCAUCAACAGACAGCACACUGCGAUUGUGGGAUGUGAAGGAAAACUUUCUUAUGCGAGUAUUUAAAGGUCAUACCAAUGAAAAGAACUUUGUAGGUCUCACUGUGAAUAGUGAAUAUAUUGCAUGUGGCAGCGAAACUAAUGAAGUGUUCGUCUACCACAAGGCAAUUUCCAAACCUGCAGCAUGGCAUAGAUUUGGAUCUCCUGAUGUGGAUGAUGCUGAUGAUGAUGCAGCAUCAUAUUUUAUUAGUGCUGUUUGUUGGAAGAGUGAUAGUCCAACAAUGCUGACAGCCAAUAGCCAAGGCACAAUCAAAGUUCUUGUUUUGGCACCUUGAAAAGAAAAUAUAUGUUGUAUAUGCAUUAUGUAAUAUAGUUCUCUUCCUAAUGGGCAUAGUAUCUUAAUCAUCAGUAGUAUUUUUCGAUGUCAGAAGUGAUGAUGUUGCUGUUUAUAUUCGUUACGGUACAUGGUGCUACUGUGUACCUCUUGCUCUUGAUGCCUGGGAGACAAUCUCAGACAGAUGGAUAUUCCUCGAACGUCACCCUCUUCCGGAAUAGAAGCAAGAGAACAAACUGCUAGGUGGAUGUGUCGGGUCUGCUGUACUAGUUCUAUUCAUAGUUCUCCAUAGCUUCUCAGCUUGCUGAUUUUGAUGCUAUGGAUGGUUUUCAACUUGGUAUCUGAUUUCUGAAUUGAAGGCUGUAGCAACAAGUUGCACAUCAUGCCGCCCAUUUCUUUAGCUGAUGAAAAAGGAUAUGGUUUUUGAAUUACCACAAAUCACCGUAGUAAAUUCAUCGUAAA